UUCCUGACAGUCCAUACUACCCAAGAAAUACAGUAGUCACCCCUUCUACAAUCCCAAGCUACGUUAUCUCUUACAGAAUCGCGUACGUUUUCUACGGCGAACAACAACACCAGACGACUUCCCUCGAGCGAUGGCAGCUGAUCGACAUUUACACCUCACACUCGACCACGAUGAUACACCUCAAUUUGGCACUUCUGGUACUCUUGAUAGGUUUGUGUGAUACUUUGGUGCCAGAGGUGAGCCAGGAGGGGUUGUUGCAGCCCUAUUAUACCUACCAAGACGUCACCCUCUUUCAUUUCCACAUACCCCAUGAGGUGACCCGGGCAACAUGGGAGUUUGCAGCCUUUAUGGAUGACCCAGGAUGCCCUGUGCGGGAAGUGCAUGUGCUUGUCCAACAUGGUAGCUAUCCAGUGGUUGGCAAAGACAAUUCAACAUUCAAAGAUUAUAUGUACAUUGAAAGGGCAGCAGUCCAUAAGGUGACAACGUACUCUGCCUACCAGCCACAUGAUGCCACUAUCCUGCCUGUUUACAACCCUCUCCCAGGAAGUUGGUUUGCUGCAGCAUAUAUCCCCAACUGGAAUGAACAAAUGCAGCAAGAGGGUAUCGUUCACAAAUGUCGAUACAGUUUAGGGUCUGUUGCAAUGUGGAGUCAAAAGGAACAGAUACACACCAUCAACAUUGGGAAAAAACAGACUGUGUGCACACAUGAAAAUCUUUCAUAUUACAGAUUUUAUGUUCCUUCGCAUACAUGGUUCCUGCAAAUCAACAUCACCAACUGUCAGAUACGGGAAGAAAUCAUAAACCACGACACGUGGGAACGCCUUUUCCGUUGGUGCAUCCGCUCGCUCUCCCUUCAGGCUAGGUCACUCCCGACCUUUGACCCAGAUGGAGGGGUUGCCAACAUCUCUCAGGGAGGAGGUCACAUAUUCACAGAGACUAGACCCUUUUCUGACGGGUAUUACUAUCUCCUUCACACAGAAAUCAAAACUCUCGUGCUUGAUCAAUAUCUGCAUAUUUCAGAGUGUGGUGGGACAUUCUCAGACAGCACUCCACAGAUACAAGAGAUAAAGACAUCCAGUUUCAUGGAGGUGUCAUCAAAACAGGAUGUCAGGUUAGAUGGAACUGUAUCACCAAACAUUACAAUGUCAGUCUCCACAAGCAGUACCUCAGAUGAACAGCAAGCACUAGAGAACACAAUGAGACCAAGAUGGGAUUCAGACAGUGUACCUGAUGAAAGUCACAAGUGUUACCCAGUCCUCCAGUUAGCUCGCAUCAAACACCCUAGUGACUUUACAGAUACCUUUUUAAUUCAGGGACCAGAAUGGUACAGUACCUGGCUUUCAAUGCGAGGAGAUGUUCCAGUCUUCACUCACCUUACAUUGCUGCCUUUCACAGAUAUUGGGGGAACACUUAGUAUCAAUUUACGUAUGGAUGAAAUCCUUAUGAAUGCAACAAGCCAGCUGAUAACAGUAGUAGGGUGCAUUCGGAAAGCUCGGCCUCCAGAGGUCAAAGAUGACUUGUUGGUUUGUGAUGAAGAGCAACUCACGCUCAACAUCACCUCUUUCUCAGCAAGCACUGUGACAGACUUCAUCCUGAUCCCAUUCCCAGAGCCUGACACAUGGUUCCUUGCCCUCCAGACAAUCUGCUAUUAUAAAGGGGUUAAAGCACCUUGCAAGGUAAAUCAAGUUAUGGUUAGUGUUGACAUCCGAACUCAGCCUUGCGUCUUCACUGGGGAACAGCCAUGUGGUGGUCAUGGCUUGUGCCAGGAAACACAUCGUGGCAUGUUUUUCUUCACUAGCUGUAUAUGUACAGCUGGCUGGGAGGGAUGGGGUUGUGAGGAUGGAGCAGCCUACCAGGGUUGGAAUGCAUUCCUAACAGGACUUUGCUUGUUGACUGUUAGCAAUGUUUUCUUUAUACCACCCACAAUAAUUGCCAUACGUCGCCACCUCUAUGCCCAGGCCCUCCUGUUCACUGCAACCAUGAUUGCAUCUAUAUUUUAUCAUGCUUGUGAUAAUGAGGUGCUGUCAUAUUGUUUGACCAAAUAUGAGGUGCUGCAGUUCACAGACUUCUUCUUCUCAUUACUUUGCUUUUGGGUGACAAUUGUCAACUUAGCUGGGAUGGAUGAAACAUUGUGUCCCUUCUUACACACUCUUGGAGUCGUUAUUAUUGCUCCUGCCGUCCAGUAUAGCAGAACAGCCUUAGCAUCCUUCACAUUUCCUAUGGCUGUUGCAACUGCUAUUCCAAUCUGCCGCAUUCUUUAUCGGCGGUGGCACAAGGGAUCUUGGCCUUCAGUCCAGCCUCGUCAGAUACUCUACCGUGGGACUGGCGUGGGUCUCGCCCUCGUUGGCCUUAUGAUGUUUGCUCUUAUACAGACCAAGGAUAACUACAAAUAUGUACACAGCGCCUGGCACGUCAUCAUCGCAAUCUCUCUUGUCUUCCUGCUUCCGUCCCAAAACUCGCCUGACUCGGGCUACAAAGUUCCAUACCCAACGGUACAGUUUUCAUCCUCCUCCAUGGUCAGUGAUGAUGCUGAGCUGAUUGACGUUGGCUCAGCGACGGUAGAUUAUACUACAUCCUCUCCAGUCUUCCAAGUCGCUUCAGAUGUCAAUUUCCUGCUGGCAGAUAACAGUGAGGGAACGCAUUAAUUGGGCAGGCACUUGUUUGUGUUCAGGUGUGAUGUGGUGUCAGAUAGUAGCACAGGUUUGGUGUUCCGGAAGAACUUUUAAGAUUUUCAAAUUAUUUGUGCUGCAUAGAAGUAGAAUAUGGAAAAUUAUUA